CUUCUUGAAAUAUUUGGCGGUUUGAAGAAGACAAUCAAAGUUGGCCUGCGUAAUGUCGAAUAGCUAGAUAUUUAUGGUGUACAUGCUUUAAUUUUUACGUCAACUGUAUUUGUAUCGUUUGUUGAAAUUCGAGGACGGUAACGUUAGUUACUAUAGCUAGCUAUGUUCGCUUUCUGUUUCUGCCCAACUAACGUUAGCUAGCUAGCCAAUUUAGUUAGCUAGCUACCGUUAACUUAGCUGCAUCGAAUGUUUCAGUCUUCCGCUAGCUAGCAGUUAGAUCAUUUUGAGAUCUAAAAGUUUUCAGCUCGCUGGAAGAAUGUCGACUCUUCAGAGAACUAACAGCAAAUAUCUGUGGUGGUCUCUUUUGGGUCUUGGAUUUCAACCCGAAGUCGCAGCAUCAUCAGGGGCCAACAAAGCCAAUGUCAAACACAUCAUUCUUGGACCCAAUAUGUUUGACAAACCAAACAAGGAUGCUUUCUACAUAGUUACCCAUUUCCUGUUAGAAAAACUAAACCCCGCACGCUUCCACGAUGCAUACAGGCAUUGCUGGCCAGCGUUGGACCACAAAGCAGAUGCUGAAUUCCGUAAGGUGACCUGUGCUUGGCUGCGAGAUCUAAUGGAUGAGCAGGGGAGCACAGUUCCCAAAGUGGUGGCGUCUCUAUUCCUCUCGCCUGGUGGUCCCAGGUUCGUCAACCUGAUGCUCCAUCUAGCCAAUCAUGUCAUGUUGAAUGAGAUGAAGACAUUUUCAACAGAUGGCACGUGGGUCCCAGAAGCCGCGGCAGCCCCUGCCUCUUCUGUGGAAAUGGCGCUGAAGCGGUUUCAGCUGGUGAAGACCAGAUUCCUGAGAGGAGCUGUGGAACAGGAUCGGAUGCUGCAGGAGUACCAGAGACAAGCCCAGUCUCGAGUGAAGUCUUUGAGGGAUUGGAGGGCUGAAGACGCAAAGUAUGAUGAUUUGCACAAGCGUCACAAGAAAGUUGACCAGGAGGGAACCCCUCAAGCUGAGAAGAUUCAGAAGGUGCGCUCCCUGUGGUCGUCCAUGGACGGAGUGUUGUCCACCCUGGAGGAGGAGCGGCGGGUGGUGGAGUGUGUCAUCAGGGGAGAUGUUGACCAGUACACCCUGGACGGGACGGACCUUUCCCUUAAAAUCCCCCGGGUUCUGCUGGAGCGACUAGAGCAGUUAUCCCACCUGUCGAGUGUGGGCAGUGUUUACGAGGCAGGCCAGCUGAACAUCCUCCGUAUGCUGGAGCUGCUCCGUCAGGCUCUGGGCCUCCUGGGGGAGGAGAGGUGCCGGGUGGCAGGAGACACCCCCAUUGCCCAGCUCCACCCCUUGCACCUGCAGGAGAGGAACCUACAGAUGGCACGCGCCCUGGAGGACCUCCGACUCAUGAGGAAGAGGAUUUCAAAGGAAGAAAUUCCCGAGGUGAAGACCGUCAUCAGAAAGUUGGAGGCGGAGUGGGACCGGAAAUGGGCGGACUGUCUGAAACGCAUGCCGCUGACCGCGUUUCUCAACAAGGAUCCUGCCCUUGACUUUCUGUUCCCAAUGGCUCCUCUGUCCUUUGAGCCGGCCACCGAAGCCAGCUUCAAAUCUAGCAUUUUCUCUCAGUAUCCGGCCAAGCUACCCGAAUUUCCUGAAGAGAAGCCUGUGGCGACUGACUCUGUUCCAAAGGAGACUGUAACCAUAAUGGAUUAUGCCCUCAAAAGCCUUUGCCCUCCAGCUGUUGAGAGGGUUGCAUGUCUUCCUGGUGUGGACUUUUCCCCACUGACUCCCCUCCAUGCACUCUGUGAAACUCCAAUGGCUUUACCUGCCAUGGCUCCCUCACCAAGCCCCCUGCCGGCCAUUGUAAGGAAGACUCCUCGUGCGUCUCCAAAGGUGUCUUCAGUGAAGAAAAAGGCUCAGAUCCUCGACUCUGAGUUUGACAACUUGGCAAAUCAGUUUGCAGAGGCUGUGACCACCAGCCCUGGCAACAGAAGUUUACGAGGACUCGAGCUGGGAGACCUACUCGACACUCUUGGCACAGACCCUUUCUCCACCAGGAAGCAGAUUCCACGCACCCCAGAGAGUUUGAUUCUGGAUGUGAAGAGUUCCUGGCGAAGUGCGGUGGAGGAAGGAGAGGCUCAGAAGGCCUUCCUGUCUGCUACGUUUGACUGCGACGACAUCCUCGGUUGCCUCAUGCCCCUCAGCGACGUACAGGAGGCCUCCCUUAGCCACGAUUUUCCCUCCCUGAGCACAAGCUUGGAUCCCACAAACGGUUGUAGUACUGCAGCCCCCCAGCAGGCUUCCCUCAUGUCCACCCUGUCCUGGGACUCCUCCAACAUGGAGGCCCUCAAUAGCCUGAGCAGCAGCGACGUGGUCCAGUUCAGCAUCGACCAAGAGGUCUUCCCCGAGCAGUUCAGUAUAGAUCAGGAGACACUCCCCGAGCUGCCGGGCAAUGACAGCAGUGUCCUGAGCUCCAGUAACUCCAGGGACACGUCCAACACCGAGGAGGAAGAGCUGCUCCUCCCCCACAUCCCCCCCACUGAGACUGAGCCAGCCCUGCUGGACGCACGCAGGCGUUUGGAAAAGAUCCAGCAGGCCUUUGGAGAGGCCUCCUUCAUGGACUGCCGCCAGGGGGCACCAGAGCCCUCUCUCCCACAGCAUGGCGAGAGGAGCCUGGACGCCAGUGACUGGCUGAUGGCAGCAACACUGGAGACUGCAGCCACAGUGGAAGUGACGGACAAGGUCUUUUCCCUGGAUCUGGACACUCUAGAGAGCCCCUCGCCGCCAAGAAAAGGGCAGUAUAACCUCCCGCAAUUGUUCACAUUCUCCCCCAUAGACGACCUGUAGUGUCUCCGACCUGUAGUGUCUUUUUUAAAAAGUAUUUUCUGCGCAGUCUUCUAGUUUCUUACUUUUUCACAAUUAAGGCUAACUAAUUUCAAUACACUUGCAAUUCUAAUAUUUGUGUGCCAAUCUGUUUUUCCUACAGAAACUUACAUUGAUGUUUUGAAUAGUUUUUUUGUUGUUGUCUAAAGUGAAAUAUGAUGGGUGAUAAUAAACAAACAUGAAUUGUAUAUUGUU